GGCCACGGUGCCUCCCCAGCACCACCUCCGCAGCCCACCCCCGGCCGAGCUCCAGGGAAAUGUCUACUGUUUGGCUUCAAGUUGGACAAUGUGGCAGCCAGAUAGCUCAGGAGUUGUGGCACAUCUUAGGCCUUGUAAACGGAUCCUGUGGAAAAAUAGAUAGGAAUCCCUUCUGCUCCCGUGAUGGAAAGCUCAGUGCUGUCUGUGUGGACAGUGAAUCCAGAGUGAUAAAGAAAAUGCAGAAACAAGUGAAGAAAGGUUUAUUCCGAGAAUCGAAUGUAAUAAUCGGAAAACAGGGAAGAGGGAAGAAUUGGGCGUGUGGCUACUACAACAAGCCUUUGAAUUGUGAAGAGAGCCUUCUCUACGAGACAAUGGAGAGGCUUCGAAACGAAGUGGAACUCCGGGAUUGUUAUAGUGGGACUGUGCUUUUUCACAGCCUAAGUGGUGGCACAGGAGCAGGGCUUGGCUCUCGUCUCUGUGAGGAAAUCAGAGACAAGUAUCCCUUAGGACAGAUUCUGUCUGUAAUGGUGGCCCCUUACCAGACUGGCGAAUGCCUUCUUCAACAUUACAACGUUCUAUUGUGCCUUUCUUGGCUUCAGAGGUACGCGGAUGGCAUCUUCCUCUUCCAUAAUGAUGAUGUCCUGAGGAAAACAAUAGCCAGGAUGGGGAAGAAGAAUAUCUGGGAGCCUGGGGUGCUAUCCCAAGUGUCCCUGUCUAGCAUGAACACCUACAUCUCAGAUUGUGUGGCAGGACUCUUGUACUCUGUCAGCAAUUUCCAGCCCACCACUGGGCUGAACAUGGAAGUAGAACCCUGGGAGUUGCUGCGGUCCGUCUGCCCUAUGCCAACCAUGAAAUUCCUGCAUGUUGCUCAGACCAGUACCAGAGGCCAGGUGUUUUGGGACAGCAUGGUCUCAUCUGUGACACGCUUCUUGGCUUCUGAGUCAAGUACUGGGGAGCCUUAUUACAGUACUUCAUUGCUGUCUGUGGCCCGCAGUAACCACUGCUCCUUGAUCCAACCCCAGAGCUCUGCAAUGAAGAGGCUGCAAUGGGCCUAUGGCUCUGUAUCCUGGAACCCUUUCCCUCUCUCUCUUUGGACAGCUUCCUAUGACAUGAGGGAUCCAACUGGUCAGAAGCACUCACUUACUGUUUGUGCCAAUCAUGGCAGCAUCAUAGACCUGCUGAAACACACACUGGAGAAAGCACAAAAAAUGUACUCAGCCAACGCAUAUACCCACUGGUAUAGGCAAUAUGGCUGUGAGGGGAAAGAUUUUAAGCAGGCUUUUGAUGCCCUCUCCUCAGUGAAGGCUGAGUAUUACAGUGCAGGAGAAUGAGUGACAGUUCUUAGAGAAGCAUUGUGCAACCAUCUGUUUGUCCCGUUGAAUGGAUUGAACUGAAGCCAGAGGGCCUUGACCAUAGGUUAAAUGAUUCCCCAGAUCUCAAAGAAAGCUCCUGAUUCCCACUGAUCUUGGGGGAAAAAAAAGUAGCCAUUCUUUUACUGUUUUUAAUAGUUCAGGAAAGAAAUAACUACCAAAAAGACAUACCAACAUUCAGCAACAUGAGCCUAGAAACCAAUAUCUCACCAAAUCAAAGAUGAUCUUUUUACUCAGGCUUAGCUGUAGCCUAUUGGGCCUAUUCUAAAUGUAAUGCUGAGGGGAAAAAAAUGAGCCUAUCAGCAUUUCUACCAGAAAAUUAGAUUACAUCUGGAAAUAAAUAAUCAGUUCAGCUGAAAAAUGAAACAGUGGGAAGAAGAUUAAGGCCAGAAACUGAUGAAUGAAAACUUGUGUGUUUCUCCAGAGUAAGUAUGCCAGGUAGCUGAAACUGGUCCUCUUGUUUCACAUGUAAUCGAUUGGCCAACAAGGGAAGUUCACUGUGUUCCUGGGCCUGUCUGUAACACAGCUCCUCUAUUGCCAAAUAGUGGCAUGUUAUCUAGUUGACACUAAGGAAAAGUGACUGAAACCAACACUAAGGAGGGAGGUGGGUGGGGGUGGGGGAAUUUGUCAGGGCCAUCAGAUAUCUACCUUCCAUUGUGAUUAGGUUAACAAAGUUGGGUUAUCUCCAAAAUCUGGCAGUGGAGCAGAGGGAGGCUCAGAAAUCAGAGAAUGCAGGAUGAAGGAGGUAGAGGGUCAAGUGUGCGUUUCUUAGCUGUAAAGAGACUGGACUGACUGGCAACCUUUAGCACCAAAGAUGAGAUUGACUUUUAGGUGGCAUGUGCUAUUAACCACAUUUUAUUCUACUCCAAACUCAGUUCUUACUCGAUUAAUAAUGUGAAGAAAUGAAAGUAUGUGGAAGAUGACUAACACCCCAAACAUAUUUUAUUCUUGUCCCUGCAUAGAAAAUAGGAAAAGUACUAAAGCCAAAAAAAAAAAAAAA